UCCGUGGGGGCGUGUCCGCGGGGCGGGUCCCCGGGGGUCCCCGCGCGGCGCCGUCAUGGCGGGGGUGUUCGACAUCGACCUGGAGACCGAGGAGGGCAGCGACGGGGACGAGCCCGAGCUGGGCGCCGAGAUGGAGCUGGAGCCCCGGGGGAACGGCCUGGAGCCGGUGGGACACUACGAAGAGAUCGAGAUCUCGGAGAGCAGCGUCAACAACGGCCCCGAGCACAUCGGCCCCCACUGCUUCGAGCUGCUCCGAGUCCUGGGCAAGGGUGGCUACGGCAAGGUGUUCCAGGUCCGCAAAGUCCAGGGCACCAACACGGGGAAGAUCUUUGCCAUGAAGGUCCUGAAGAAGGCCAAGAUCGCCUGCAACGCCAAGGACACGGCGCACACCCGGGCAGAGAGGAACAUCCUGGAGGCCGUCAAACACCCCUUCAUCGUCGACCUCAUCUACGCCUUCCAGACGGGCGGCAAGCUCUACCUCAUCCUGGAGUGCCUCAGCGGUGAGGGAAGGGGGGCCGGGGGCCUGGGGGGCUCGGGGAGCCUGGGGAAGGCUUAG